AUGGAAGACGCGAUUUUACCAUUUCAAUCGCUCAGCCUGAAUUUACAGCCCAAGAUUUCAUCAACAUCACUCAAAUACUGCCUUCAAAUUAUAGUGAAGAGUAAGCCAGGGUGGUUGUACGCGAUAAAUUGGCAAUUGUCAUCUAUCAGCAAUGACUCUGCCUACAACAAUCGCCGUGUUUUAGCAUGUUCGGAUGGUUAUCUGAUGCACAGCAGUAAGCCAGGAAAUCGGCAGCAGCAUCAGCAGCAGCAGGAUGUUUCACAAAUUCAAGAAGUGGAUGAGAUGAAAAUGUCAGAAAGGUUUUACACAACUUCGUUACACAAGUUCCUAGACAUAGAAGACACCAAUUCUGUUAUUGGGCAGCUCAUGAGUUCAGGAACACACUUGUGGCUUGUUGAUGUCGAUGGGAAGCUCAAUUACUCGAGGUGCGAAAGGGCUUGGGAAGCCAGACAGAACAACAUUCAGACCCUGGUAUUCUUACCAAUUAGUCCAGGUGGUGUCAUUGAAGUCGGAUCUUUGGAUGUGAUCAAAGAGGAUAGGAGCUUAAUUGACCUCACUUAUUCCAUAUUUGGUGCUGGAGGUGAUGGAAACAUGAACAUUACCUCUCGCAAUAGCAAUAGAAGAUCAGCACCUGCAACUGCAGUGCCGCGGAGCAGCCCUGCUGAGGCAGAAAGGAAAAGGCGAGACAGACUAAGCCAGCGUUUGUGUACAUUACGCGCUGUAGUUCCUAAUGUCUCAAAGAUGGACAGAGCAUCCCUGCUUUCAGAUGCCGUCGAUUAUAUAAACAAGCUUAAGUCCCGAGUAAGUUUAUUGGAGGACAAUUUAGGAGUGCUGCAGAACAGAAUUCCUACAGUUGCUCACUUACAGGAUCAGAACCUUCACCAACCAGAACGCCAAAAUAACCCUGCAGUCAAUUCCUUACUUUAUAAUCAGCAUCUUCAACAACCUGGAGAUCAAAAUCCUACAGUUCCAGUUCCUCAGUUGGCUGCUAUGGUGAAUACUAAUAUGCAACUGAAGGUUGAGGUGAAACUGCUUGGGGCAGAAAUGAUAGUCCAAGCUCAAUCGUCGGGUUUGGACUAUCCUGCAGCAAAAUUGAUGAAUGUGUUAAGAGAUCUGAAUCUUGUAAUUUCCAAUGCUACAAUAUCUAAUGUGGAUGUGGAUGGAUUUGUGCUUCAGAAUGUUGUUGUUAAGCGGCCGCCUGAAGGCAAUGGAUUCAUUGGAACUCAAGAAGGCUUAACCAAUGCUAUACUUCAAAGGCUACAAAUCUGA